UUAUUGUGGAGUAUGUUGGUUAAUGUGUUUAGGUUGUUUGGAGGUCUUGGUUUUAAUUAGCUCUUGAUACCAAAUGUAGGAAAAUUUAGAUGGUAAAAUAGUGAAUGAAUUUAUUUGGAGAGGAAGAUGAGUGAAUAUGUAGAAUGAAUAUUGUUCUUCAUUGCACACAAAAUUGAUUACAUCAAUGGGUAUUUAUAGUGCAAGUUUACUAAAAUAUCUUAGAUAUUUUUAAUUUUUUAAUUACUUUUCUAGUUACUUCCAUUAUAUUAUCUUAGAUAUUUUUAUUUUUAAAUUCUUUAGUUUAGAUAUUUUUAUAUUUAAAUAAAAUUCUAGAUUUUUCUAGAUUAUUUUAACAUAUUCUUCAACCCAAUUUUAUUUUCCACUAAAUUUCACCCAAACUAAUUUUAGUGGAUCCUCAUAGGGAUGGUUACUUAUAAAAAAUUACCAAACUAUCUUUAUUAUGUGUUAUGUCCUGUGUUGAUUUCCCAAAUUAGUGUUUUCAAAUAAUUAAUUUUUUAUUAAAAUUAUAUCAUUUGCUUGUUCUCAAUACAUGUAGUGUUCCCAUGCAAUUAUGUAGUCUAAUAAUAGUCCACCAAUCUAACAGAUUCCAAUUCAUAUUUGUUUUGUUAUAUAUUCCAUAGUGGACAAUUUGAUGGGAACGGAAGGAGCAUCAUUAGGUGUAAUUUCUUUCCAAUUUUUUUUUAUCUAAUCCUAUUGUUUUUAUGGCUGUGAAUAUUCAGGGCACAAAUUUUGAGUUUGUGAAGCCUGGCCCUAAUAUGAAAUCUCACGGAAAGUCGGGUAUCCUCACGCAUUUAAACUUUAAGGCUAAGAACAAAGAUGAUCCUGGUGCUCCAGUUGAGACUUCUUUUGCAGAAGUUGUUAAUGGUAGUUGUCAUGUCUUUGCACGCAUUUGUGUGCGCUUGGAUCCAUCCAAUUCUAUAUCACCUCAGAAACUUGAAGUUCAUGGUUACACCUAUUGUAACGAAAGCAGCAGGGUCUAUCAUCCUGGAUGUGCAGGGUACCUAACUGGUCGGGAAUAUAUGUAUGAUGAUUAAAAGCUGAUGAAACGAUGAAGCUUACAUUGUAGUAUGAAUGUAAUGAAGCUUACAAUUGAAGGCUUGAAGGAGUUACUUUAUUUAAGAUCAUAUAAUGAUUAUUUAUUAUUUAUGCACAAACAAAAUUUUUAAUUUUUAAUAAUCAUUAAUUCUUAAAUGAGACGGUCUCACGGUGAGACCAUCUUUAUUGUGCUGGUCCAAUAUAUAUUUUUUGCCUUAAAACGAUCACUUAUAAUGCGCUAAAGUGAUCACUUAUAAUUUUAAUAUAAUUACUUUUUAUAGUCUUAGAGUGAUUACUUAUAACCUUAAAACGAUUACUUAUGAUCUCAAAGUAAUCAAUUGAAGAAAUGAGCUAUUUUAUGGAUCCAUCUCAUGAUGAGACGGUCUCAUACAAGACAAACUAUUUAAUAGUAAGGAUUAACUCAAUUAAGACCUC